AUGAUUAGGCGUCGAGAAAAUAUUGCCAACGCGUCAAAGAUUCAUCUUCUGGCUGGAAAUGUGCACACGAAAGGGCACGACUGGGGUCUUGUCUGCUCGCAGACCUACAUGCUCCGCAUAUCCCAGGUCAUGCACAUGACAGGUCUCUUUAUCGGUGCCCCAACGUGUGGAAAGUUAGCGGACAUGUACGGUCGCCUGAAGAUUCUCUACAUUAGCCUGGUGCUCCUCAGCAUAUUGAGUUUUGCAGUUGCUUUUGCCCCUGGCAUAUACGCCUUCUGUGGGCUGACUUUUCUCCAAGGGAUCGCCUGUCAAGGCUGUGGACUCACCUCUUACACAGUCAUUCUAGAAUCGGUCGGCGCAAAGUAUCGAGCACUUGGUGGCAUUCUCGAACAGCACCAAGAGCCAGAGGCAGCGUGGUGUUUCGUGAAUGUAUUUAUAGCUCUCAUUGAGUACAUUUGCUUUGAGCGUCUUGAAGUUCCUCAUGACUCCGCAGAAACAUCAGAAAAUUACUCACCGAAGGCAAUUUUUACCAACAGGACACUGCUUGAUAAGUCGCCCAGAUGGCUACUAACUAAGCCCGAUCGACGACAGCACGCGUUCGCCAACCUCGCCUACAUGGCCCGAGUGAAUGGACGCCUAGAUGGCCUAAAUUCGCCAGAGACGGUUGCUCGCCUCAGUAGUCCGUUGCACUCUGAGCCCUCCGCAGAAGUUAACUGUGAUCGCAGUGGACGUUCCUCGAUAUCUCAGGGUAGCGAACCGGCCUCGGAGGACAGUGUCUCGAUUCCACUGGUCGGGACAGCUUCGGAUGCUGUGCCCUUGCAUGUCGCCAAUGAAGACACCCUCACACUACUAAAGCACCCGCUCUUGCGUAGGUGGACUCUUAUCUUCUGUCUAUGCUGGUAG